AUGAGUGAUCGCGAAAGAGGUGCCGACGAGAGCAACGAGGCCCUUGACCCCAGCCUGCUCUAUACGAAGGAGUACUGCAUCGGCGGAGGAAGUUUUGGCAAGGUCUACAAAGGAGUUGACAGGCGCACCGGCCAUGCCGUCGCCAUUAAGAUCAUCGACAUAGAGAGCGCUGAAGACGAGGUCGAAGACAUCAUCCAGGAGAUCGCCAUCCUGUCUGAGCUGCAGUCGCCCUAUGUCACGAAAUACUACGGCUCCUACGCCAAGGGGGCCGAGCUAUGGAUUGUCAUGGAGUUCUGCGCCGGGGGCAGCUGUGCAGACCUGAUGAAGCCGGGUCUGAUUGGGGAAGACUACAUUGCCAUCAUCAUUCGCGAAUUGCUCCUCGGUCUCGACUACUUGCACUCCGAUAAGAAGUUGCAUCGCGACGUCAAGGCUGCAAACGUUCUCCUUAGUUCCAAUGGCCAGGUCAAGCUUGCCGACUUUGGCGUCUCCGGCCAGCUCUCUGCCACCAUGACCAAGAAGAACACCUUUGUCGGCACUCCUUUCUGGAUGGCGCCCGAGGUCAUCAAGCAGUCGGGCUAUGAUCACAAAGCAGACGUCUGGUCACUCGGCAUCACCGCGCUGGAGCUUGCCAACGGCGAGCCGCCCUACGCCGACAUCCACCCAAUGAAGGUGCUUUUUCUGAUCCCCAAGAACCCGCCACCGCGCCUUGAGGGCAAUUUUACAAAAGCGUUUAAGGAUUUCGUUGAGGUGUGCCUGCAACGGGACCCAAAGGAACGGCCCACGGCCAAGGAUCUGCUGAAGCACCCCUUUAUACGCCGCGCCAAGAAGACGAGCUAUCUUACCGAGCUGAUUGAACGACACUCCCGGUGGGCCGCGACACACAAGGGUGACGACGAGGAGAGCGACCAAGGGGGCGACGAGUACUAUGAACGCCAACAGGUUGACGAGGACAUGUGGGACUUUGGUACCGUAAGGCUUGUCGGAGACCGUGGUGGCGUUGUUGCCCGGCCGGGACUCGGCGCCCUGGACGAAUCAGCCACCAACGCUAGAGCCGCCAGGUCCUUGGAGAACGCGGAUGAUUACGGCGAGCAGUCAAGAGACAACAGCGCUGCCAAGGUUCGCGAUUUCGGUCGCGAACUUGCCGUAGCCUCGGAUACUCUCAAGGCAGCAAGCGCCAACACCGGGACGUCUCGUCAGGCAUCUCCCCAACGAAAGCCCGUGGUGACAAAUGCGACCCAACCGCUGGCCAAGGCACCCCUUCUAACGUCGGCGGAAAAGAUUCAGAGAGCUCCAGAGACACCGCGGCCUAUUUCGCGUCUGAUUCCACCUGCCGUUCCCGUCAGUCAGUCUCCGGACUAUGACCGCGAACUGCAGGCCCAGCUGCAAAAGGACAUAGGCCUACUGAGUCUGGGCCCCGUGAUCCAGCCGGCGGAAUCGCCAACCGAGGAGACGACGCCGCGGCCGCCUCCCCACGGGCCCCGGCCAAAUAAUAACAACAGCAACAACAAGGUGACACCCAUUAGCCUCCCAGAGAUUCCACCAUACCGCGGAAACCCGCAACCGCAGCAAGCGCCGAUCAGGAUACCGAGCCAGCCGCCCGGUGGGCAGCAAUAUCGCCAGCCCUCCGGUCAGGCGCCGGCUCCUCUGCCCAAGACUCAUGCUCUGCCCUCCAAAACACAAAUCCCCACACCGGAACCGGUGACCCCGUCUGCGUUCCCUGCGCCCGCGCCGUCCAGCCCGAAUGGGGAGCUCGACGCGCUCAACGAUGUCAUCUUCCCCGCGCUCGAAGAGGCGUUGAAGAGGAGGCAAAUCAGGUUGCAGCAGGUUUUCCGGCCCCACCAGAGCUCGUCUAGCACUGUCGCCAUGAACCAGGUGACUCCCAAGCAACAAAGGGCGGAGGCGGCCCACGAGAAACUGCGCAAGCUUGUAUAUAAGCUCGCCCAUGUGUGCAAGGAGAUUGACCACUAUGACAAGGCGGAGCCCGUUGGCAUGGGAAGGGAUGUGGGCACCUUUCUAGAGGGACUCUUGGAGGAGAUUUUGGUCAGGGUCGAACCCCUCGACGAGGAGGACAUUGAGGCGUGA